UUGCCGCUAAUUUUUAUCAGAGCUACCAACUUUGUGAAAUUUAAAAAUUAAAAAAAAAGUAUUUUAUUACCGACGCGUUGUUUGACAGAAAGAGAACUAAAGUAGACAAAAGUUUGGUUAGAACCCGGGUAUUAUUGUCUAGAUGUUACAAAUUUUUACCAGGAACAGAAUAAUAAUAAUUAAUAAUUAAACUGUGGAUAUCCCAGAGGAUAAAUUACUGAUUUAUCUCAAGAAUCAUCAGAGUAAAUAACGAAAAGCCACAAUGGCGUUACGUACAUACGGAGAUAAACCAAUAAGUUUUCAAGUUGAGGAAAAUGGAGAGUAUUAUUGUAUUGGAUCGGAAGUUGGUAAUUACUUACGACUUUUUCGCGGUUCAUUGUACAAACGCUAUCCUGGAAUGUACAGAAGAUCAAUUACCAAUGAUGAACGAAAGAAACUAGUUGAAUUAGGUUUAAGUCAACACGUAUUGGCCUCAAGUGUUUCUUUGUUAAGAGCAAGUGAAGUUGAAGAUAUUAUUGAAGGGAAUGAUGAAAAAUAUAAAGCUGUUUCUGUACAUUCAACUGAACCUCCAGCACCGAGAGAGGGAAAAACUAAAAAAUCAAUGGCCUGGGUACCUAGUUUACCAAAUAGCUCUCAUUUAGAUGCUGUACCUCAAGCGACUCCAAUAAAUCGUAAUAGGGUUCAUAAUAAAAAAGUCAGAACUUUCCCAUUGUGCUUUGACGAUACUGAUCCGUCAGUUAAUCUUGAAAAUGCUUUGCAACAAGAAAUGCUCGUUCCUAUACGUUUAGAUAUGGAAAUAGAAGGACAAAAACUUCGUGAUACAUUUACAUGGAAUAAAAAUGAAAGUCUAAUAACUCCAGAACAAUUUGCGGAAGUAUUAUGCGACGAUUUGGAUUUAAAUCCACUGACAUUUGUACCAGCAAUAGCACAAGCAAUUAGACAACAGAUAGACGCAUUCCCACAGGAAACUAUUUUAGAUGAUCAGUGUGAUCAACGUGUAAUAAUUAAAUUAAAUAUUCACGUGGGUAACACAUCAUUGGUUGAUCAAGUUGAAUGGGAUAUGUCGGAAAAGGAAAAUAAUCCUGAAAAAUUUGCUAUGAAACUUUGCGCUGAGUUAGGUUUAGGUGGUGAAUUUGUCACUGCUAUUGCUUACAGUGUGCGAGGACAAUUAUCUUGGCAUCAAAGAACUUAUGCUUUCUCCGAAGCUCCAUUGCCCACAGUCGAAGUUCCAUUUAGACCUCCAUCUGAAGCAGAUCAAUGGGCGCCAUUCUUGGAAACACUUACUGACGCUGAAAUGGAAAAGAAAAUACGUGACCAAGAUAGAAAUACUAGGCGUAUGCGACGAUUAGCCAACACAACACCAGGAUGGUAAACACACUUUAGUUCAAGACAUUUACUAAUUAUGUACCAUAAACAUUAAGGAUCUUAUUACACUUAAUAUUAACAUUUAAUCAUUUAAUUGAAACUUGUUUAUUUCAAUUUUAUAAAAUUAUAGUAUACGGAGCAGUCUUAAUAUUUUAUAUAAAAUGCUCUGAUUUUUCAAUAAAAUUUAUUAAUUCAUA